AUGAGCAUCGCACAAGAUCUUAUCUCCAAAAUGGAAACUGCUAAAAGAUUGGCCGUGACAGAGUCAAAGCUUCCACCAUGUUGUCUUCAAAUACACCCCGCAAAUACUAGUGUUGUAUAUUUGGGAACAUAUAAACUUGAAAAACCAUCGGGUCUUCGCCAUGGUUCAAUUGAAACUUAUGAUAUUGUGGAUGGUCAAUUCACCCUUCGAAGUGAGACAAAGACGGAGCUGGCUAUUUUGGAUUUAAAAUUCAAUCCUUCUGACCAAAGAUGUCUUGUGCUGGCGCAUUCUACUGGAAUCGUGAAAAUCUGGGAUGUCAGUGCAGAUACAUAUGACUUGACGCUCAAACAAGAAUACAGCAUAACUGAAAACGACAUACUCGUAACGUCGGUGUUCUUCAAUCCACUCAAUUGCAACGAGCUACUCUGCACGCUUACAUCCGGCGAAGCUUUGAUUCUUGAUCUAACCAAAGGGGACUACGAGACCUUUGAUGCGACUCACGACUUGGAGUGUUGGACUGGCGGCUUCGGGCAAAUUGGCCCCUGUGGUAACAUUGUAUUUACAGGAGGCGAUGAUUCGAAGCUCAUUGCUCAUGACUCGAGAACUAAAGAGAAGGUGUGGGCUACAAAUCACCGCCACCAUGACGCUGGAGUUGUUCUGAUACUAUGUCCAAAUGAGUCAUGGCUCAAUUUUCGCCCAAAUGAUCUCUGGACUGGAUCAUAUGACGAUUGUUUGCGUAUCUUCGAUGUUAGACACUUGGAUGGCGAUGACGGGCCCUAUCUCUAUCAGUCGCUUCUUCCAACAGAAACGUACAAACAGAAUCUUGGUGGAGGCGUCUGGAGAUUAAUUCCGUCGCCAGAUUCAGAUAUGGUUUUGGCUUGCUGCAUGUAUGACGGUGCUAGAAUAAUCAAACCAGGCACAUCAAGUUUCGAAUGUGUCAGAUACUUCAAGGGUGAUCAUGAAAGCAUGUGCUAUGGAGGUGACUGGAAAGAUCCUUCGUCUGUAAUCACAUGCUCAUUUUACGAUAACAUCAUUCAGCAAUGGCUGCCUACUCAAACUCAAUAG